AACUCUAUAUUCUAUCAAUGAAGAGCGCCCUCGGGAGUUGCCGCUACGUUGGAUUUAAAACGCGCGAAGGUUUUUACACUGUGUUUUUUUAGUAAGUUAAAAAAAAAGAUUUAUACAGAAGCAUAGAGAAAUAGAAGACCAGUAAUGGCGAUGACCAAUGCACAUCGUCUUUGCCUGCAGUCAUUCAUGACAAGAGGCAUGAUGUCAGAGGAUGAGGUGAAGCGACUACACCGCCAUGCUUGCACGCACUGCCAGGUCUACCACGUAGAAAAUGGACACAAACCAUUCAUCCAGAUCAUCAACACAAACAUAAAGCCAUUUUCAAUGGAGAUACGUAACUGUAAAAAUGAAGAUGAUGGUUCUCUAGUCUAUGUACUGGUUCGAACUGCUGAGUCGGACAUUUGUAAAUUAAUAUCAGACUAUCAUGCAAGCGAGCUUGUACUGUUCCAAAAGACGAUAGACUUGAUCGUUGAGAAUAAUACCGGUACUGCAUCGUCCACUGAUUGCCUAAACAUCACAUUGCCAAAUUCAAACAAAAUGUCCAAGAAGGAUGCACAAAUCGUUCUCGACAAGUUUGUUGCAGACAAAUGGUUGCAAGUUAACCAAGGUCAGAUUUCAUUGACCCCACGAUCCAUGCUUGAGCUGAAAAGAUACCUGCGAGAUAUUUAUCCUGAUGAUAUCACCGAUUGUAACAUUUGUCGUGAUAUAGUCCUCAAGGGUAAUAGCUGCAAUAAUGGAAACUGCACAGUACGAUUGCAUUUCCAUUGCUGCAGAGAUUAUUUUCAUGGUCGGUCAAAUGCUAAUUGUCCAGGAUGCGCAACCAAAUGGGUGUCGGGUGUGGAGAAUGGCACUGCAAAUGAUUCUGCAUUUGAGGGGACUUCAUCAUCAGCUAGAUUAUCAAGGAAGAGGAAGAAGUGAUCACAUCCAGAAGAGGGCGCUUUUCAGACGAUUGAAUUCUGCUUCUGUGACUACAGGCAGCAGUAUGAUGUGCCAUCCAUCAUUUAAGAAAACUGAUGUUUCAACAGCCAAAGAUAGCAAACUUCAAAAAUGAGAUUACUGUACUAUUUUUAAUUUUAUAUCUGCAGAUUUGCUGUCAUUUUGUAAGGUUGACCAAAUUCUUUAUGGCUAAUUUUCACUAUCGAUGCAACUCAUGUACAAAGUAUAAAUAAAUUUACACCUUGUUAA